AUGGCCGGGCCGGGAGCAUCGCCCCACGUCUGGGGGUGGCUGCUGCUCGGCGGCUGCCUUCUCGCCGGAGCCCAGCUGGAUUCUGGUGGCACCAUUACCAUGGAGGAGCAGAUCGUCCUUGUACUGAAAGCUAAAGUACAAUGUGAGCUCAACAUCACAGCUCAGCCCCAGGGAGGAGAGGGAAAUUGUUUCCCAGAAUGGGAUGGACUCAUUUGUUGGCCCAGAGGAACAGUGGGGAAACUAUUGGCUGUGCCAUGCCCUCCUUAUAUUUAUGACUUCAAUCAUAAAGGAGUUGCUUUCCGACACUGUAACCCCAAUGGGACGUGGGAUUUUAUGUACAGUCUAAAUAAAACAUGGGCUAAUUAUUCAGAGUGCCUUCGUUUUCUGCAGCCAGAUAUCAGCACAGGAAAGCAAGAAUUCUUUGAACGCCUCUAUGUCAUGUACACAAUUGGAUAUUCUAUCUCCUUCGGUUCCUUGGCUGUGGCUAUUCUCAUCAUUGGUUACUUCAGACGAUUGCACUGCACUAGGAAUUACAUCCACAUGCACCUGUUUAUGUCUUUCAUGCUGAGAGCUGUAAGCAUCUUUGUCAAGGACAAAGUGGUCCAUACUCACAUAGGAGUCAAGGAGCUGCAGUCUCUGUUAAUGCAAGAUGACCUGCAGAGUUCCAUGAAAGUGGCUUCUGUGGACAAAUCACAGUAUAUUGGGUGCAAGAUUGCUGUUGUGAUGUUUAUUUACUUCCUGGCUACGAAUUACUAUUGGAUCUUGGUGGAAGGUCUCUACCUGCAUAGUCUAAUCUUUGUGGCGUUCUUUUCGGACACCAAAUACCUGUGGGGCUUCACCUUGAUAGGCUGGGGGUUCCCGGCAGCUUUUGUUGUAGCCUGGGCUUUGGCGCGAGCGACUCUGGCUGAUGCAAGAUGCUGGGAACUUAGUGCUGGAAACAUCAAGUGGAUUUACCAAGCCCCAAUCUUAGCAGCUAUCGGGCUCAAUUUUAUUCUGUUUCUGAAUACGGUUAGAGUUCUGGCUACCAAAAUCUGGGAGACCAAUGCAGUUGGGCAUGACACAAAAAAGCAAUACAGGAAACUUGCCAAAUCGACCCUGGUCCUGGUGCUGGUGUUCGGAGUGCACUACAUCGUAUUCCUGUGCCUGCCUCACUCCUUCGCCGGCCUGGGCUGGGAGGUCCGCAUGCACUGUGAGCUCUUCUUCAAUUCCUUUCAGGGUUUCUUUGUGUCUAUCAUCUACUGCUACUGCAAUGGGGAGGUUCAGUCGGAGGUGAAGAAGUUGUGGAGCCGGUGGAACGUUUCCAUCGACUGGAAAAGGACGCCCCCAUGCGGCGGCCACCGAUACGGCUCCGUGCUCACCACCUUGACCCACAGCACCAGCAGCCAGUCGCAGGUGGCGGCCAGCGCUCGCAUGGUGCUCAUCUCUGGCAAAGCCACCAAGGCAGCCGGCCGCCAGCCCGACAGCCACGUGACGUUACCCGGCUAUGUCUGGAGUAACUCGGAGCAGGACUGCCUGCCACACUUGAUCCAUGAGGAGACCAAGGAAGGUGACGCGAGGCGAGGAGGUGAGAUUGCCAUGGCGGAGUCUCCCAGGCUGUUGGAAUUGAACGCAGACCCUGAAGGAAGCAGAGGAGAAAACGAGGAUGUUCUCUGAGUCAACAUCUCUGAUCCCUCCGGUUGUGUGAGAGAAGCUUGGCUGGCCUUCCUCUGCUCGCGCCCCAGAACUGAAAAUUCAGGGUUCAUCCCGUUACUUCGCAAAACUGUUCAGGUUGCAUGAAUUUGAUCCUAUACGUACAAAAGACACAAAAGAGGAAGUGUCAGUGGAGUAGUUUAUUGUUUUAUUUUGGCAUCAGGUUCUCUUCCAAGUUGUGUGAUGCUUGCUCUGUGAUUGUUCAUUUUUCUGCUACUUUUGGGUAGAAAAUGUUUCACUUCCUUGGCGCUGGUUUUCUGUCGCAAAUAUCACCCUACUUAUCAUAGAGAUCAUUCGGUCUGUGUCGUUUCCCUUUUAAGAAAUUAGCAUUCUGUUUUUCUCUUUCUCCUUUUAAGGUACUUCUACCAUUGCAUUUCUUUUGUGGAUGCAUGGGAGUAAUUAGGGUCUGAAAAUGUACGUUUCAAGAUGAGCUAAGAACAUGCAGACACUGGAAAGUAAGGGGCUUGGCUCUGAUAAGAUAAUACAUUUGCGACAGAUUUGUUUCUUUCUAGGAACAAGGAGAAUUACUGAAAAAAAGUGUUGUGCAUCUUCCUUCUUUUGAAUGUCUCCUCUGUGACCAGCCAAAUCUCAGGUCUUCACUCCUCUGUAAACCUUGACAUGUUACACGGUUUUUCUCCGUGGGUUUGUGCCCACAGACUGAUCGUAUUUGUAGUCAUUUGUAUCGCUGGUAAGGCACACUGCAUCCGUGCCUUUUUGUUCUUUGUUCUAUUGCUGUAUUCCAAAUGGCA